AUGGUGACCUGCCAGCUGCCGCAUUACCUGGCGUACAGCCGCGCCGCCCGCCACGGCGUGCCCACCGCCCUCGACGCGGGUGCCACGCGCACCGGCGCGGCCGCGCGGCGCGCGCGCGCGGCGCUGCUCGCGCGAGAGCGCCUGCUGCGCGCGGCGUGGCGGAGGGCGGGCGGCGGCGGAGACGACGCGUUGUCGGGGCUCAGUGCCUGGGACCUGAAGGCUGCCGCGAAAGAGGCGGGCGGGGGCGCGGCCGCGGCAGACGUGGAGGCGGCCGUGUUUGAAUUCUUCGUGUUCAAACGGUGUGCCGAGCUGCUGCUGCAGCAGCGCCGCCGGCGCGGCGCGAUCGACGCCGCCGUGCGGCGCGGCGCGCUGCUUUAUGAGGACGCGUCCGAGAUGCUGCGGGCGGAUUUCCCGCGCUCGGGGCCACCGUUGGACCCGUUUUUUGACAUGGACGUCCCGGGGCUCCUCGAGUUCAUCGACGCAUCAAUGCUCAAGACCGAGGCUCAGCUAGACGCGUACGACGAGUGGAGGCAGGAGGCCGGCGUGGGCGCCGCAGCCGAGCAGAUGCAGCUCAAGCUGACGCUCGCGCAGUUCAGCGUGGCGCGGGCGGUGUUUUCCAUGUUGCCCGCACGCGAGGCGCGCCGCCCCUUCGCGCUGACGGCGGCGGAAAUCCGCGAGGUCGCGGCCGUCGCGGAGGUGCCGCCCAAGGCGGUGCGCGUUGCGCUGCACAGCUACGCGCGCCUCAAGACCCGUUCGCUGCUGGGGGCGCGGGAAUUGCUGGAGGGCGGCCGCGACGGCGCCGACGCCGGCGGCGGCGGCGGCGGUCGUGGGGACGCCGGCAAAGCGUCGCAAAGCUGGGUGUCGCGCGCAUAUGGGCGGCUGUUUGAGCGCAAGGCGCCGGAUCACGAGGACAUCCAGGCAUGGGUGGCGGCGGAGGCGCAGGCUGAAUUCGACAAACUGGCGCGACUGAGCCUGACGGAUUUCGAGGGGCGGCUCGAGAAAAUGCUAGCCCGGGCCUCCACCGCCGCGACCACUGUGGGCCGCGCGCGCGGGGCGUCGCCGGCGGCGCGCGCGCGCGGCGAAGCAGAGCAUUUUGCGGCCGCGCUGCGCGUGGUGCGGGCGCUGCCGCCAGAGGGCCGGCGGCGGCUCGAGCGGGACCCGGCGGGCGGCGCCGGCGACGGUCCGGAGGCGGAGGCGGCGGCGGCGGCCGGGGUGCCCUUGGGGUUCGUGCGGUCGGUGCUGGAGGGCUACGCAGAGCUGCGGCUGGCGGCUGCUUGGUCGCUGGGGCGCGGCGACGGCGACAGUGAUUAUUGA